AUGCGUCCGUUGUUGGAGGUACACGCGGGGGACGCCGGGCACCUCGCGGGCGACCACGUCGCGGGAACGGCCGUCUCGGCGGUUGCCCGGCGCGGCCUGAUGAGCGCCCGCGUGGCGGGCGUGGGGGAGGGCACGUUCGCGCUGCUCCUGCUGACGCUCUUCAGCCUCAUCUUCUGCGCCAUCUCGCUGCGCGCGCGACGCACGGGACUCACGUGCGUCGGCGUCGUGGGCUGCACCAUCGUCCUGGCAGUCGUUGUGUCCGUCACGCUGACGAAUCCGCGCGGCGAGGACACCUCGGACGUCGACACGGACCCGCACUACGGCUGGCUGGUCGCCAUCGCCACCCUGAUGUCGUUUGCGGGGUGCGUGGCGUGCUGCGGGUGCUGCAUCCACGAGGGGUGGACGCAGCAGCACGCGCGCGCGCUCUCGUACCAGCGCGACGUCCUCGACCACGGAGCCGUGCGGCCGAGGUGA